AUGGCCGAAAUGGGCGCCCUCAAGACGGAGAACCCUCUACCUUCCCCAGCAUUCACCAACAAUCAUCAUGAACACACCCUGGAAGAUGAGGCCUGGAAACAUCGCGCUCCGUAUCAAAUCAAGAGCCCCGAGGAAUUCGGACCGGCCAAGUGGCGCGCCAAGUGCAAAUGCGGGCGAAUCUCAUACACCCUGCGACGCGACAAACCAUUGAAUGCUAAAUUCUGUCACUGUCGCGGAUGUCAAGUCAUGCACGGCGCUCCCUUCCAAUGGGCUGCCAUCUUCCACAAAGAAGAUAUAAAUUUUGAGAAGGGUUGCAGCGGUUUGUCGUUCUAUUCGUCUUCGCAGAACUCGCGGAAGUACCAGACGCCUACCAAGGUGUCGUGUUCCUUUUGUCAUUCGCUUAUCAUGGAUGAGGGACGCAAUAUGUGUUGUUUGUUUCCGCAAUUGAUUGAAUUCGAGGGCUCGCAGGAUGAGCAGAGAAAGCAGAGGGAGGUUUUUAGACCGACAUGUCAUAUCUUCUACGAACAGCGAAUGAUGGAUAUUCCAGAUGGAGCACCGAAGUGGGCAGGGAUGGAUCAGAGCAGCCAGCUGCUGAAUGAUCAAGGUGUUCCAAUUGACCAAAAAUGA